CGCUACUGCCGCGCCAGCUUCUUCCCUUUCCAUCUCCCCGACCCCGUCGGAUUCGGAUGAGCCCACAGCAGGGAGACGCAGACACCAGGUUGCAGAUUGAGCUAAACCAAGAAGUUCACAGACUGACCAACGCUGUUCUGACGUACAACAGAAGGCAGGGUGUUCUGCCUGCCCAGCAGGGCCCCUGUUGACUGCUGAUAGCUUGGCUUCAUUGCUGGCUUGUGUAGAAAAUUCUCUCUGUUGAAUUUCUUUUUUUUUUUUUUUGCACAUGGAAGACAAUAGCAAGGAGGUCAACACAGGCUGGUGAGGCCAGAGACUGCAGGAAGAUUCUUUUACCGUGGGCCUUUGGGACUCUCCUCUAGUUGGAUUUCUGGACUUGGACAGAACUCCAUCCAGCCAUUUUGGUUUUGCUUUCUAUUUUUUUCUUUUUCAUUUCCCCACCACAUUGUAUUUUCUUUGUGUACUUCAGCAAUGGGUGUACAGACCACACAGUGGCCCAGCCAUGGGGCUUUUUUCCUGAAAUCUUGGCUUCUCAUUUCUCUGGGGCUCUCCUCACAAGUGUCAAAACUCCUGGGGUGCCCCAGUGUCUGCCGCUGCGACAGGAACUUUGUCUACUGUAACGACCGAAACUUGACCUCAGUGCCUCUUGGGAUCCCGGAGGGUGUAACCACCCUCUACCUCCAAAACAACCAAAUUAAUAAUACUGGAUUUCCUGCAGAACUGCACAACGUGCAGUCAGUGCACACGGUCUACCUUUACAGCAACCAACUGCAAGAAUUCCCCACGAACCUCCCCAAGAAUGUUCGAGUUCUCCAUUUGCAGGAAAACAACAUUGAGACCAUCUCACGGGCAGCCGUUGCUCAGCUCUUGAAGCUCGAAGAGCUAUACCUGGAUGACAACUUUUUAAGGACAGAGCAAGUGGAAAUUGGGGCUUUUUGGGAUGCUGUUAACCUCAAAUUGCUGUUUCUGUCCAAGAAUAUUCUGAACAGAGUAUCCUUUGGGUUUCCUAUGAACUUGCAAGAGCUGAGAGUGGAUGACAACCGAAUCACCACCAUAUUAGAUGUGGAGUUAGAGGAUCUCCCGAGCUUGGAGCGUCUGAAUUUGGAUGGGAAUCUCCUGACCAACAGAGGCAUUGCCGAGGGCACCUUCAGGCAUCUCACCAAGCUCAAGGAAUUGUCACUUGCAGGGAAUUUGCUAUCCUACCCCCCAUCUGGCCUCCCAUGUAGGAACCUGCUCCGGCUGUAUCUGCAGGACAACCAGAUAAACCACAUCCCUCUGACGGCCUUCUCCAAGCUCCGUAAGCUGGAGCGGCUGGAUAUAUCCAACAACCAGCUGCAUGUGCUGACUCAAGGGGUCUUUGACUCUCUCUCCAACCUGAAACAGCUCACUGCUUGGAAGAACCCUUGGUUUUGUGACUGCAGUAUUAAAUGGGUCACAGAAUGGCUCAAAUACAUCCCUUCAUCUCUCAGUGUCCGAGGUUUCACGUGCCAAGAACCUGAGCAAGUCCGCGGGAUGGCUGUCACCGAGAUAAAUAUGAAUCUUUGUGGUGCGUUUUCUGGAGCCCCUCGUACAGCUUCUGACAGAGCAGUGGGGUAGAGAGGAGGCCGAUGUUCAUGCUUCAGUCGGAGGCAUAUAUAAUUCACUCCUCUCCUUCCCUUAGAUUUAAGAGACAUAAAUCACACAUGUUAUCUAAAAAAUAUGUCUUUAGAAAAUUCCUUUCAAUAUCUUAUUUAGGCAUUUCACUCUGUGUUGUGUAUUUCCUCUACCACUGGCCUUUGUUAUAAGGACACAGAAAGUUAAUGUUACAAUCAUUUUUG